AUGAAGCCUUGUCAAUCAAGGCCAAAAGAAGCCCGCAAAGCCUUUGUCUCCCAAUUCCUGAUGGCCAACUUUGCCCCCCUCGCCCGACCAUACAUCGACACAGGUGCGCUCAAGAGUAUGGGCAUCAGGUGCCUACACAUUGACUUCAAUACCGGGCGUCUCAGUAAGGGCGUUGCGCAAUUCAUCGACCCAAUCUCUCCGAGCAACAUUGGCGAAUGGCUGGCAGUUACGAAGCCGUGGCUAGGGCGUGACGGCUUUUUCACUGACGACGAGCAUGGCGGGGACAACGAGGGCAAACGGACCGCUUGCCCCCAAUGGGAAGCUGCCAAUUUAUUCGAACUGGUGAAUUUCUACCUCGUCUGCGAUGGGGAAAUGAACCCAGGCAUACUUCAGACUCGAACGAUGUGGAGGAAAUUCCCGUAUGCUUCAUACCCCGAUACUUGUUCCGUCUUUGGGCCAGGGCUAAUCAAAUUACGUGUUGCAGAAUCCCACGUGGCAGGACGCUUUGCCAGCUUUCUGCUACAGGAAGUCGAAAUUGGCGCGUAUGGACCAUCUUUCGUCGGUACCAAUACUACGAGGAGAUAA